AUGGAGGAGAAAAGCCAAUUUCUUUGUGGGGUGGUGGAAGGCUUCUAUGGGAGGCCCUGGUCUAUGGAUCAGAGGAAGGUGCUCUUCCAAUGGAUGCAGCGCUGGGGCCUGAACACCUACUUGUAUGGACCUAAAGAUGACCUGAAACACAGACUGUUGUGGAGGGAGGUCUAUUCUCCUGAGGAGGAGGGUCAGUUGCGUACCCUGAUAAUGGAGGCCCAGUCCAGAGGUCUGAAGUUUGUGUAUGCUCUCUCUCCUGGUCAGGAUAUUGUCUUCUCCUCUCCAUGUGACAUCACACUGCUCAAACGCAAACUCAGACAGGUAUCAGACCUAGGUUGCCAGGCAUUUGCCAUUCUGUUUGAUGAUAUUGAUCACUCCAUGUGCCAGGCGGACAGCGAAGCCUUCUCCUCGUUUGCCCACGCUCAGGCCACUGUAGUCAAUGAGAUCUAUCGGUUCCUGAGAGAACCACCUGUCUUCCUCUUCUGUCCAACAGAGUAUUGUGGUUCUCUGUGCUCCCCCAGUGUGUCUAAGUCUCCCUACCUGCAGACUAUUGGAGAGGACCUGCUGCCCAACAUCACAGUUAUCUGGACCGGCAGCAAGGUGAUCUCCAGAAAACUGUCUGUGGACUGCCUGGCAGAGGUGGAGUCUGUCCUCCAGCGUCCGCCGCUCAUCUGGGACAACCUGCACGCCAACGACUAUGACUCCAGGCGCCUCUUCUUGGGGCCCUUCAAGGGCCGGGAGCCACAGCUUUGCAACCACCUGAGAGGCCUGCUACUCAACCCCAACUGCGAGUUUGAGGCCAACUACAUCCCGCUGCACACGCUGGGAAGCUGGUACCGAGUCAGAAGUGAGGAGAAAAAAGAUGAGGAGUGUGAGUACUGUCCUGAUAAAGCUCUGUCUGCUGCGCUACAUGACUGGAUGGAGGAGCUCAACCAACCAUUACUACCAGGUCGCCAGAGCAGACAACCAGAGCAGCGCUCCUCUGCACCCGCCUCCCGCUCCAAGAUACCCGAUGCAUCCGACUGUCGUCCCUCCGCCAAAAGAGGGAGCUCUGCCCUAGCCAAACCCCUUCCUGUUUUCCCCCUGAACUCAGGUUCUCCCCCCUCUUCCCCGGCUAAAGAACCAUCCAAAGGGGAGAGAGAGGGACAAGAGGGGGAGAGGAAGUCUAGCCAGCUUAGCCAUCAAACACCAGGUUCAAAGCCAGACACACCCUCAGGAGGAGGCCCCAAGCAGAAGGCCCAGGGUCGGGGUCUGUGUGGUGGGAAGGGCCUGCUGAGUGAGUCCCAGGUACGUCUGCUGGUAGGCCUUCAUUACCUGCCCCAUGAGCAUGGCCCGUCUGCCCAGAGGCUGCUGCAGGACCUGACCUGGCUGAAAACAAACUGCCACCUGGUCAGCGCCAGUGGCAAGAAGGCUCCACCACAGAAGGUGGAUGAGUGGCGGGGCCGGGCCUCCAGGUUCCUCUCUCUGUGUGAGGACAUAGCACAGCUCCACUUCAGCGUGGUGGGCGGAGCCAAUAGGGCCGUGCUCUAUGACCUUUACCCUUACGUCUGGGACCUCAGGAAUACCGCGCUAGUGGCUAAAGCCUUCAUAUGCUGGCUGGAUGGGCGAGUGUUGGGCGACAGCUCUACCCUGGGCUCCUGGAGGAACUGCUUUCACUGGUGUGGGACGACCACAGGGGCAGAUGUACUGAAUGUGGAGUCAGAACCCUGGGUGUUCAAGGGGGGCAUGUCUGGAGAAGUACAGAUGCUUCUCCCUAUAGGCAGCAGCAGUGAGUUGUUCACUCACCCACCUCCUCUUUUCCCUACUUCUCGGCUGUACAACGUCAGACCCUACCACACAAAGGACAAGGUAGAACUGUACCGGAUGGUGCGUCAGCUCCACCUGAGGACACAGGGUGGCCAGGAGUCCAGCAAUGCUCAUCCUGAUGUCAUAGGAGACAGAUGUUUAGGGCCGUGCCUGGCGUUGAGUCCGGAGUACAGCUUCAUCCUAGAGGAUGAGUUGGGUGUCUGUGGCUGUGUGCUGGGCAUCCUGGAUGUUCGCUCCUUCGCCAAGCGUUGCCAGGCGACCUGGAUGCCUGCCAUGAGGGACAAAUACCCGCCCAGGGGGGGCAGCCCACACUCAAACACACAGGAUCUGCUCAAGUUAAUGGAGGAGGACCAGGGAGAGUACCCAGACUCCCUGCUUUAUCAUUUUCCCUCCCAGUUGCGACUGGACGCCCUGCCCGAGCUGGUGGACGUCAGCGUCAGCCGCAGCUUGCUCACCGCGCUCCUUACUGCACUCAAGGCCAAUGGUUCUCAGGGGGUGUUCUGUGAAGUCCAGCCUACAGAUCAUCAGAGGCUGGAGUUCCUGACCAAGCUGGGCUUUCUGGAGAUCCUCAGAGGAGAAGCCAGGAGCAGGGAGGGGGUGGUGCUGGGGAGGCUGCUCUGAAAGACACAAACACACACAUACACGU